GGCACCAUAUUGAACUGUUGUUUUGAUCCGAAUAUUUGCUCUUUUACUACAGUUUUCUGGGCGAUUGUUUUCACUUAAAGAAGUCACAACUUGAAUAAGAGAACACCUGAAUCCAUUGCCACACGGCAACAAUGAAGCUAACGGAUAUCAAAAAGUUAAAAGUGGCGGAGCUGCGGUUCAGACUUCAAGAAGUUGGGCUGGACAGUAAAGGACUGAAGGCUGAGCUGGUUGGCCGGCUGUGGUCUGCUUUAGAGAGCGGACACACCGGGGGAGACGGUGAAACACAGGUAACACUACAACGUGUCAGCUCACCGACACCUUCAGCAGCGACGGAGACGGUUGAGGCACGCGCUCAGUCCCCGUCACCACCGACUGAAGCGGGUGUCAUUGCCCCAUGUAGUCCAGACAGCACCAAAGAUUACACAGACGCCGGUACACAGACUGAGACUGAUGCCGGUGUAACUACACUACAACACGGCUCGGAGUCUGUGUCAGAGCCCGUGAGGGGGCACCAGGCUGAGGGGGGAGAGGUGGAUGGUCCCGGAGAGGACAGAGCUCUGUCAUCAGAGGAGACGGGCAGGGGAAGAGCUUUCUACGAGUUCAAAGAGGAGAUACGAUAUAAAAGAGCCAAAUCACCACAACCUCCAGUGGACAGAGAAGAAGUACAGGAGAAGGAUGAAGAUAAAGUUAGACUAGAUCCAUAUGACAGUCACCUCCAUUUUGAGGUGGAUCCUGAUGGAUCCUGUGGGCAGCCACGGUUCUGGGCUCAGUUCCCUUCACUGUGGUCAGGCUCCAGGCUCACCCACGGGGUGCUGCAGGGUAGGGUGAGCUUUGAGGUCAGGCUGGACAGGAGGUUGGAACAAGAGGUCAUGGAGCCCUGUGGUCUGAGAGUCGGCUGGUCGGUGGCCGACGCCUCUCUGCUGCUGGGUGAAGAUGAUCUCUCUUUUGCUUAUGAUGGGCGCAGUAAAAAAGUAUCAGAUGGAAAGGAAGAGGAGUUUGGAGAACCUUUCUCAGAGGGGGAUAUCAUUGGCUGUUACGCUUCUUUCUCCACAGAUGGUGCUGUUCAGCUCUCAUUCCAUAAGAACGGUCGUUUCAUGGGUGUGGCCUUCUCCCUGGGCGCCUCUGUGCUGCAGGGUCGUGCUCUCGUCCCUCACGUCCUCUGUAAGAGCUGUUCAGUCAGAUUGCUCCUUGACCCCACCAGUCCUCCCUGGUACCCUGGGCCUCCAGGUUUUACACCGCUGGCAGCUCUACCUGCUGGGCAGAGGGUACGCUCAACAUUGGCCCCUUCUUCUCGAACACAUUGUGAGGUUUUGUUGAUGGUGGGUCUUCCUGGUUCUGGGAAGAGCCACUGGGCCAGAACUCACAUGAAGCAGCAUCCAGAGAAACAGUACAGGCUUCUGGGCACAGAGGAGCUGCUCGCAUGUACGAUUAGUGGUGGACAGAGGGACAGCAGGCAGCGGCAGGCCUCUCAGUGUCUAACUGAUUUAAUUAAGUUGGCUGCUCAGACUCCUGGUAACUACAUCCUGGACCAGUGCAACAUCCUCUUCUCGGCACGCCGUCACAAGCUGCAGCUGUUCACAGGCUUCAGGCGGCGGGUGGUGGUGGUUUUUCCAUCUGCAGACGAGUGGAAAAAGCGACUGUCACACCACCAGACGAGUGAUGAGGAGCAGAUCCCAGAGACGGCCCUGCUUAAACUCCAAGUGAGCUGCAGUCUUCCAGAGCAGCAGACUGACCUGCUGGAGGAGCUGCAGUAUGUCGAGCUGCCUCAGGAACAAGCACAGACACUGCUGCAGGAGUACAAAGACUGUGCUCGCAGGCUGCUCCCCCCCAUCCCCAAACAGGAGAAGAAGAAACCCAGACUUCACAAGAAAAGACCCCACCCUUACGGCCCUCCACCAUCACAUAGGAUCCAGUGGACUCAGAUAAAUGGGUGGAAUGACCCAAGACUCAACAUGCAGUCAUGGAAACAGCACCCAAGAUAUUGGAACGUGGCUCAUCAGGACCAGAGCUACAACUACAACAGAGACUUUGGUUCCAGUGGUUAUGAGGGUUACUGGUGAAGAAACCGAUGCUGCUGCAUUA